AUGGCUGAAUUUUUAACAGGGUUCAGUGACGUUGCGGCCAAGCAUCUUCUCAGUUGCAUAGAAAUUUGGCGACUAGCACGGCCAUCUCGUGGGCGUUUCCUUCGAACACUGACUGCGUUGCAAUGUCUGACUUGGGAGAUUGACCAAGACUUCUUGAAUCACAACUGCCGCCGCGGCUCCUCCUGUAAAUUCCGACAUGGCAAACCAGUCUCGACCCCAAAUACUUCUUCCUCUAUUGAUUCUGUCUCCAAUAAGCCAGCAAUUUACCAUAACCCAGAUCUUCCUCACUAUACCAAUCUUCCAAGUCUUCUGCCGCAGCACUGUUUGCAAUACCCCAAUGGUAGUGGAGAUGCUGUUCCCCCACCACGUACCUCUGAGUCGGCCGUGGCCACGUCGGAGACGACGGCGAUGGUCGCUGCAGCGGCUGCAGCUGGCUACCUGGCCAUGCAGAAGCACGGUCAACAUCACCAACACCAGUACCACCAGCAUGGAACCGCAGUCCGAGGUUCUUCACCCGUGGAUUCUCUCUCUACCUCCGCCCUCCCUCCCGCCUCCGCGGCUGCUGUGGCCGCUGCUGCCGCUGCAACUGCUCUCGCCACUACGCAACAGCACCAGCAGCACCAUGCUCCUGUAAAUUAUGAUCAAGACUCUUCAUCGGUUGAUUUUAACUUGCCAUCUCUCGCUAAUCAUUCUGCGAAACCCGCCAAUUAUGUGAAUUCUGAUCCUAUAAAAAAACCAGUGAAAUCUCACGCACCCUUCAACCAACACAGUCAACAGCAGCAAGAUGCUAAUACAGCAGCUGCAGUGGCGGCUGCAGCAUGUUUCGGUGCUAUUCUGUCUCAACCAGUUGUCGCCGCUGCAGCGGCUUCACACGCUGCAGUAUCAAAGCCGACAGCAGGAGCUAUUCUCUCUCAGGCGGUUGGUGGCGAUUGUGCCCUCUCUUCGAUGUCUGCGUCUCCCACUGCAAUAGUUCCGCAGCCUUCUGCUAGCGGUGUGACACCUUCGGCACCGCCGACUGCAGUAGCUGCCGCAGCCGCAGCCGCUGUAGCUGCUGCCGUGGUCAGUUCAGCUGGGCCUUCAGCUGCCGUCGCUGCCAUCUCCGCGGCGCAUCUUGCCACCUCCUCUCUAUCCCGUGCGCACUCGGCUACGCGUGUUUCCUGCGCUCCCCCUGGUACCAACUCGGCGUUAACUGCCGGCGGCAGUCGGUAUGUUGCAAACAUGAAGCCUUCAGGAGCUGUUGAUUCAUUGGGGGUCGGUGGUCGUCACAGGAGAGUUUGUAACUCUAACGAGACACGGGUGGAUGUGUACGGUACUGAUGAGGCCAUGUCUCUCCACCUAAAUGUGCCUCCGUCUCCGCCACCACCACCAUCUGUGAUACCCACAAUUGGUGCUGCUGCUGCUAAUCCUUCGCCGCUGGGCUCUUCUGCUGCAACAGCCGCUUACACUGCUACAAUGACGACUGCUGCUGCCGCCGCUGCAAUGGCUGCUGCAGUGGCCGUAGAAGAACAUAAUCAGAAGAAAAACGCCGCUGCGGCGGCUAUGGCUGCAUUCAGCGAAACUGCUGCACUUGCCCAUGAAGUUCAAAGUAUGGCUCGAAUCACUGAUCACGCCUCUUUGUCUCCCGAAUCCCUACCUUCCUCAAGUCUUACUCCAACCACCAAAUCUUCCCCCUCUGAGACACUCACCGUCUAUCCAUUGCCAACUGGCAAAACUGUGCCGCAGCGUCGACUGCGUCUUCCUCGGAAUCGCCGCCAAACUCACUUCUCAGCUUUCGAUGUCGUCGAUGAUGAAAGUUACGAAGAGGGUUAUUUCGAAGAUGAGGAGGAUGAGGGAGAUGAAACAAGUUGUACUGUGUUAAACCCUCAUCAAAACGACCGAAAGUGCUCUAGAAUGGGUCGGUCAUGUUCUCCAGACCACGUCUUUGGGCGCAGCCAGCCGAUCGUGGAUAAACCACGGCAACGGUCUCUCUCCUAUCCCACUUGUACUUCUCGUUUAGAAUCAGGUGCAAGCAAGGAAGAGUCAUCAAAACGACCCUAUGUUUUAAGUGCCUCUUCAAUACCUUUAUCUCCGCAAGCUUCGUCCAUCAACUCGGCAACUGGAUCACCACGCGUGUAUCGUGAAUGUGGUCUUCCUCCCAAACGGCCUAAACUCGUUGCCCCGCGCGACGGCGGUCGUAUUGUUCCCUCUAAUUCAUCGACUUACACGCGUAGGAGAUAUCAUCAUUUCCCCCGACGAAUGCAACAGAUUGAUAUGGAAUCGGAGAUGGACGACGAGGAGGAGCUCUGCUACGCUGAGGAUACUGAGUUCUACAGUCCAACAGCUGUGGUUACCCAACCGUCUUAUAGAGAGAGGUUGCAUGUGCUCAAGUGCGAGAACGCGCGACUUAGGUUGCAUUUGCAAAGAGUCGUUCAACAACGGAAUCAACUGCAAAUUGAAAAUCAUACCUUGAUCAAGCAGAACUUAAAAUUACGCAAUCUAGGUUCUGCGAACAAACGAACGAAUAUAUACCCCAAUAACACUUUUAUGAAAUCGACGGCAACGGCCUUGCCUUCAGAGGUAAAGCAACGGCUUUUGCGGUCGCCCUCCCCCUGCCCACAACUAUCUUCAGCAUCAAAACACAAAAAAUCUAGUAAGUUUUACGCCUACCAACGCUGUUAUUCAGGAUUGUAA